CUUCAUCUUUAAUAGGAGGUUGCAAAUAUGAAAAUGGAGAAAUUCCUUGUAGGGGAUGCUUCCCCUUAAAUGGGCUCUACACAAUGUGAGUUUGAAUUAGUUGAGUGAAUUGAUAAAUGACCAUUUCUCUCUUUUCGACCACUACUUUAAUAUUCUUCCAUCAUUACUACUAUACUACUAUAAUGCAAGUCUAAUUAACAUCUUAGCUGUUGAGAUUAAUCAAAAACCAUCGGAUAAAUAUAACAUAGAAAUAUUCUCUUUUGUUAAGCGUCAACCUUGGUUUUGAACAAUCCUCACAUUAUGAGCUAACUUUUGAGAUUGAGCUAGCACAAUAUCCAUUUUUCAAAUGGGAUCAAAGCUAAGUCACUGUAAUUGCAUGUCCCAACAUUCGGUCCCAUGUUAUCCUGCCCAAACUUCAAAUGUUGGGCUUGGGCAUGCGGUCAAGGUGGGGUGGGUGGGGGUUAAAGUAUCGCACGUUGUUUGAGGUUGAGGGAUGGGUUACUUGACUUCUUAUAUGGUCUUGGACAAUCUCUGUCAGGAUAAAAAUGCAAACGCUUGCUCGACAUACUAACUAUUGUCAAAGCCUGACACUCACAACAUGACUUAACUUCCUAACUUGAGUUAGAUCCAAGUUCCAUUUCUACGGGAGACAACCAACUUAAUUUCCAUUUUUCCUCUCUUCAAUAUCUUCCUUAUAAAUCUGAAGUUGUCCCAUACAUAUAUUUCUUAAGCUCCACCACUACACUAUCUAACUCAAAAAACCACACUUCUGCUCCUAGCAGCAACACCUUUACAUUCAUCAAACUGCAUAGGAAAACAUUAUCCAUGGACAUGAUCAAGAUAUCACAAGUUCUAAAGCUUCUACUCAUCAUAGCUGCCCUUCUUAUCAUCACCCCUAUAUUAUCCACAUCAGUAAGAACAACUUACCUCUAUUUCAUUGUUCACCUUCUCAUCAUUUCACUAGGAGCUGAAGCUGGCCUCAUUUCCUUCUUCUUCAAGUCUCCAUAUGACAAGAAAUUACCUUCAACAAACAGCAUCGUCACCCAAAAACAACAUAACAUGACUAUUCCAGUGAUAGCUUUUCUCCCCUCUCUUGGAACUAGUGAACAUCAAGAAACUGCCCCUAAAGCUAAAUAUGAUCAUGUAGCGAGCUUAGAGAGCUCGCUUCUGAUUACUACUAAAACAAAUACCGGUAAAGUGGUUGAAAAAUGUGCUUCAGAGAAAAUUAUUGGUGUUGCAGAAGUACAUGAGCAGGCACUAGUGAAGAAGUGCCCUUCAAUGCCAAGCUUGUUUUUCAUAGGGGGUACUGGUGAUGAGGAGAUUGGUGAAGCGGAAGAGAUCAUUAAGGAAGAAAAAUAUACUGAAAGGGAGGAAGUUGGGGAUCAGCUGAUCAGUAAGCAGGAGCUAUUUUAUAAAGCAGAGACAUUCAUCGGUAACUUCUACAAGCAAUUGAAGAUACAGAGAGAAGACUCAUGGAAGAGGCUUCAUGAUUUCUAUGACAAAGCAGCUUUUUGAUCAAGGCAAUCCUUGUUCCUUAUUAAUAUGCCAAAUUCAAUUGCAACCAAAGAUGAUUAUUGCACGAAUCGAGAGAGAACCUGAGUAAGCUUUACUUCCAAGUUGCACUGUCCCCUGCUGUCUGUUUCGUCCUGGAAUUGGAACGUGGAACUACGUACAAAUCAACUGAACUUGGAUUCCUGCAAACUCCGGAUCAUUGUUAAAGCUGCUGAAUUCUCUGCUUUUUUUACUCGUGACUUCUCGUCUCCCAUCACAAAAAGCAUGCCUUCAGCGAUUCUAAUUUGCACAGAGCAUAUAAACCUCCUAUCAUGAGCAGGACCUAUCUCUUUCUCUACUCUGCAACCAUCAGAAAGCAAACAAUAAUGAAACCAA